UAUUCAAUAUUUAUCUAAAUACGGUGUCCGCCAGAAAUCAGAAAUGAUAUCAAUGUUUAACUCGACCUCAGUUAAUCUAAAGCUGAGUCAGGAAUUUAAUAAAACGACAAUCUAAAAGUGAUGUGUAAUAAUAACUAACUAUUAACGCUAUAGACAUUUCAAACUGGUUUUAAUUUUAAUAUCAAAACUAUAAUACUAAAAACCAAAAUUUUGCAUAAAAAGGUCUAUCAUAAUGUUUAGGAUGUUAUGUAAAACUACUCAAUCUUUUACGUUUAAUAGCUUGGGAUGUUCAAGAAACGUGAUUAUAAAUACCAUUAGGUCUAAUACUAACGUGGCAAAUGUCUUUCGAGCUCAAAAGGCUCAGAAGAAAGACUCUAGUAGUGAAGUAAUAAAAUGGGUGUUAUUGAUGAUUCCAGCGAGCUCAUUUGGACUAGGAUGCUGGCAAGUGUAUCGUCUGCAAUGGAAAUUGGAACUUAUAGACAUAAUGCAAGCAAAAUCAAAUGCACAGCCUAAGGAAAUGCCACAGAAUAUAGAAGAAUUAAAUGACAUGGAAUAUAUGCCUGUAAAGGUUCGGGGAAAAUUUAUUCACGACAAAGAGUUCCUUAUCGGUCCUAGAGCUCUCAUUGAAAAUGGUUCAACAUCUGCUCGGUUUGGAUCUCUUGUUUCUGAUCCAAAAACUAACCAGGGUUGGCUUGUGGUGACACCUUUUAAGUUGACUAAUGGAGAAACAAUCUUGGUGAAUCGUGGUUGGAUACCACAAAGCAUGCGUCCUAAAGAAAAACGCCAGUCUUCAAUGAUAGAUACCGAAAUAGAAUUAGUUGGAGUAGUGAGGUUGACAGAAAAGCGAGCUCCAUUCAUGCCCAAGAAUCACCCAGAGAAGGGAUCUUGGUUUUAUAGGGACUUAGAACAAAUGAGUUUACACGUCGGGAGUAUUCCUGUAUGGUUAGACGCUAGAGGGUUACCAGAUCCCCCUGUAGGUUGGCCUAUCCCAAACCAAACAAAAGUCACCUUGAGAAAUGAACAUUUUUCAUAUCUUGUGACAUGGUACACCCUUUCUGCAUUUACAGCGCUUAUGUGGCACCGCUAUUUCAUCAGAAAACUACCACUCUUGUAAUGUAUCAGGUGCAUUUUAAAAUAUCUAUUAUAGUUUUAAAUGGAUACUUGGUAUGUUCAUCAUGUACUGUUUUAAGAAGUCUACAUGUACAAAGAUCAAAGUAAUUGUAGAUAUUGUAGUAAGGACUGUUGUAGAAAAUGAAUAAAAAAGCAAAUUAUAAUAAAGUUUUUAUUG